AUGCCAAUUCAAGGGUACUGCUCCAGACUCACCAGUUGCCUCACCAUCAUCCGUCAGAGUUCCCGCUCCAGACUCACCAGCUACCUCACCGUCGUCUGUCAGAGUUCCUGCCCCAGACUCACCAGCUCCCUCACCGUCGUCUGUCAGAGUUCCCGCUCAGUGUGCACCGGCUGCCGCACCGUCGUCUGUCAGGGUUCCUGCUCCAGACUCACCAGCUUCCUCACCGUCAUCCGUCAGAACUCCCGCUCAGUGUGCACCAGUCUCCUCACCGUCGUCUGUCGGAAUUCCCGCUCCAGACUCACCAACUGCCUCACCGUCGUCUGUCGGAAUUCCCGCUCUAGACUCACCGGCUGCCUCACCGUUAUUUCCCGCUCAGUGUGCACCAGCUCCCUCAUCGUCGUCUGUCAGAGUUCCCGCUCAGUGUGCACCAGCUCCCUCAUCGUCGUCUGUCAGAGUUCCCGCUCAGUGUGCACCAGCUCCCUCAUCGUCGUCUGUCAGAGUUCCCGCUCAGUGUGCACCAGCUCCCUCAUCGUCGUCUGUCAGAGUUCCCGCUCAGUGUGCACCGGCUGCCUCACUGUCGCGCUCAGAGUUCCUACUCCAGACUCACCAGCUUCCUCACCAUCGUCUGUCAGAGUUCCCGCUCCGACUCACCGGCUGCCUCACCGUUGUCUGUCAUAA